AUUUUAGUAUUUUACUCUCCUCCUCUGCUUCUUCUUCUCCAAACUUUCAGUUUCGAUCUCCAAAAAAGUUUGGAACUUUCCGUCGAAUUAGAUGGGAAGCGGAAGAUAUUUAGACGACCCUUUAAUAUUUACCAGAAACCCACCUUCCUUUUCGUCUCCCAUCACCGAAUCUAGCUUUCCAGACGAAUCGAUCUCUCGCUCAGGAAGCUACGAAAGUGAGAGCUUGCGAGGAGGAGAUGGUGAGAGCAUUAGCGACGCUGAUUUCGGACUCGAGAGACUCGCCGGGACCGUACAGUUCUACGAGAGGCAUGUCUUCUUGUGCUACAAAAAACCCUCCGUUUGGCCAGCGAGGAUCGAAGCGUCUGAGUUUGAUCGGUUACCGAGGCUUCUCUCUUCCGUUGUAUCUGCGAGGAAGAGUAGUAUGAAGAAAGAGACUCUACUCACAAUAUGUGAGGGACAUGAUGGAACAGAGACAUCAAAUGGGGAUGUUCUGAUAUUUCCAGAUAUGAUCAGAUACAGAAGGUUGACUCAUUUUGAUGUGGACACAUUUGUUGAAGAGGUGCUUGUGAAGGGUGUUGAGUGGUUGCCUGGAAAUCCUGAGUCUUUAAGCGGUUCAUCAUAUGUCUUUAUAUGUUGUCAUGGAUCCCGAGACCGGCGAUGUGGAGUUUGUGGACCAUCUCUGGUCAGUCGAUUCAGAGAAGAAAUUGAACUAUGUGGUCUUGGUGAUGAAGUUUCUAUCAGCCCUUGUUCUCACAUUGGAGGUCACAAAUAUGCGGGAGAUGUUAUCAUAUAUGGAUUAAACAUCAACCAGAAAGUCACAGGACACUGGUAUGGAUGUGUGACUCUAGAAGAUGUACCUCUUUUGUUGGAGCAACACAUUAACAAUGGCGUAAUUGUAGACCGGCUUUGGAGGGGUGAAAUGGGUCUGUUAGAAGAAGAUCAAAAGAAAACUCAAGAACAAAGGCUCCAAUUAAACAGCGACAAGAUCAGCAACAGAGAGGUGACACAAGAAUCAGUUAAUGAUAGUAUCUGUUUCCAACAAAAUGGGAACUCUAACUGUUUGGAGGAGAAUCACACAGAGAAAAAUACCUCGGAAAGAGUAACCUCUGUAAAAAACGCGUCUUUUCGGGUAACUAGCAGCGAGAAUGUAUCUUGUGGAUUCAAGGUUUGUGCUACGAUGUCAAUGUGGUUGGAGAAUUGGGAGAAAGAAGAUACAUAUGCUGCUUUAGCUGUUGCUUGUGCUGCUGCAUCUGUGGCUAUUGCUUAUAACUGCUAUAAACAAUUGAAAUGAAGCAAUGUGUUUUAUGUCUAGCUUCUUCUAUGCAAUGGUAAUUAUCUCAGUCUUUAGACUACUAGAUCUUUCCUCUUCGUCUGUAUAGAUUUAUUUAGAAGAGGGUCUUAACUUUUAUGUAAGAACUGAUUGUUGAUAUAAUAUAAUCCAUUUUGUAAAGAUA